AUGCUACAUGCUCUGGUACAUCAUUCUCCCCUCCAUUCUGCCUUCCCAACUAACCAACUCCUAAAACAAAGCCCAGAAACCAUCAAAUCCCUUUUCCUCACAUAUCGACUGACAGGUGAUCCCAUAUACCGAGACCACACAUGGGCAAUCUUCCAAUCCAUUGAAAAGCACUGCCAUGUCCCUACGGCCAGGUACACGAUGAUUAUCAAUGUAGAUGAGAACCCGACAAGGCAGGAGGAUAAGAUGGAGACGUUCUUUUUGAGUGAGAUGCUGAAGUAUCUUUAUUUGUUAUUCUCGGAUUCGGAUGUAGUUCCAUUGGAUAAGUAUGUGUUCAAUACAGAGGCCCAUCCUCUGCCAGUCUUUGCCCCAAUGAUUUAG